CUCUUUCCUUGUGCCAUAUCAUCAUUAUACCUAUACAUAACAGUAUAUAACUCUUGAAAUAUUCCAAGUGAGGACCAGUGGAGUUAAUGAAGUGCAAAUUUUCAUGGCUACCAGAAGGGAUGAUCAUAAACAUGUGAAAACCAACCAAGAAAUGUUCAUGGUGAUGAGAUAUAUGGUGAUGGGUCAAGUGGGGAUGAUGGUUUUAGGUACUUGAUUGUGAGGCCAGAAAAGGGUGGGAUAUGGGACUUGAUCAAGUACCUCGUUUGGGCGGACAUGGCGAGUGGUGUAAGGUUCCUGGAUAGCUCAGACCAUGAAGUGGCUGGUGGAGAGGUGGCUGAUCACAGACGGAUCAUUCUGGUUUCAAUCAUAUUCCGCAAGAUCAUUGCUCUCUUCAACAAGCCUAUGGAGUAUGCUGGCUAUGUCGUCGACUUCUUCCUUAAUCUCUUCUCAGAAAAUGGCAACCUCACUGGCCUCCUCUACAAUCUUCUUCAUGGUAAGGUUGUUAUACCUGAGAGAGAUACAGAGACUUUUAUUAGCACAAUUGGGCAUAUAGAUGGGCGGAUAGACUUGUACAGAGCCAAAAAGUUAACAGACAAUUCUGCUUCAAAAGUAGAAAUGGGGAACCGGGAACUCAUGGACUUAUGUAUCAUGUCAUCUAAAUUAGCUUAUGAGAAUGCUAAAGUUGUCGAAAACGUUGUUCGUCUUCACUGGAAAAUGCAUUUUGUGGACUUCUACAACUGUUGGAAUGAUUUUCAAAAGGAGUUAUCAACCCAAGUAUUCAUUCUCUGCGACAAACCCCAAGAUGCAAACUUGAUACUGAUCAGCUUUAGAGGCACAGAGCCCUUUGAUGCUGAUGAUUGGAGCACUGACUUUGAUUACUCUUGGUACGAAAUCCCAAAACUAGGAAAAGUCCACAUGGGAUUCUUAGAAGCCUUAGGUUUAGGCAACAGAGCUAAUACCACCACCUUUAAACAUCACCUCCUUCAAUUCAAUGGUGUUGAUGUGAAGACAACUUCUUCAGGGUUAAAACAAAGCAAUGUUUUUGAGGGGCGUGGAGGAGUUGGAGAUGGGAUUAUCCCGCCAGAAAUGGUGGAGAAGACGGCCUACUAUGCAGUGAGACGCAAGCUGAAGAGCUUACUCCAGCAACAUAGCAAUGCAAAGUUUGUAGUAACAGGGCACAGCUUAGGUGGGGCACUUGCUAUAUUGUUCCCGACAGUGCUAGUUCUACAUGAGGAGUUGGAGGUAAUGAAGCGAUUGCUGGGGGUUUACACGUUUGGACAACCAAGAAUUGGGAAUUUGCAGUUGGGGAAGUUUAUGGAAGCUCAUUUAGAACAUCCAGUCCAAAAAUACUUCAGGGUUGUCUACUGCAAUGACCUUGUCCCCAGGCUGCCUUAUGAUGAUAAAACUUUCUUGUAUAAGCAUUUUGGGGUCUGCCUUUAUUAUAACAGCUUCUACAUUGAGCAAAAAAUGGAUGAGGAGCCAAACAGAAACUUCUUCGGAUUAGGAUACUGGGUUCCAGAGCAUCUCAAUGCUCUUUGGGAGUUGAUCAGAAGUCUGUUGAUUGGCUACACACAAGGACCAGAUUAUAAAGAGGGGCGGUUCUCCAUACUCGCCAGGUUAAUUGGACUGGUACUUCCCGGUAUAUCUGCACAUUGUCCCACAGAUUAUGUCAACUCUGUUAGGCUUGGAAGGGAGAGUAGCAUUCAGAUGUCCUCAUUCUAAGAAAGUUUUCUCUUGUCCAAAUUAGUGUCGAUGAUGCACCAAUUAUGUCAAGGAGGAUCGCUAGAUUCCAAUAAAAGGAUAAUGUAUCAUCUCUGUCCGAUCAAUUUGUUUGUGUUAGUAUUUAUGUUUCUGUUGUUGUGUAAACUGCUUUUGGUAUCUGUUUGAGUAUUGAAUUGAGUAUUCUGUCUGUUUCGUAGAACUUUAAGAUUCUAAACAUCAGUCAUUAAAGUUCUGUAGGGAUUUGUUUUGGUUUCUAACUGUUGCAAUGCUCAUACACUAUGGAGAUAUAUUUUAUAUCCCAGAAGGGUUAUAAUUUGAGAUACCAUUGUUUAUGGUACAGAAAUUCUUAUAAAAAUGAAAAAUUCCCAA